AUGGCAGAAGCUCACCAGGCCGUGGCCUUCCAGUUCACCGUCACCCCCGACGGCAUCGACCUGCAGCUGUGCCACGAGGCCCUGCGUCAAAUCUACCUCUCCGGUCUUCACUCGUGGAAGAAGAGAUUUGUUCGCUUCAAGAAUGGAGUGAUGACUGGCGUGUACCCGGGCAGCCCCGCCGGCUUCAUGGUGGUGGUGGUGUCCUACAUGUCCUACAAUAAGUACAAACAUCUGGAUCCGUCUCUCGGCUUGUUGGCCAAACUGGGACAGCACGUGCCUAUAAGUAAGUACAUGUCCACCGACAGCCAGAAGAUUGUGGGCGGCGUCCUGGUAGGCACGGGUCUUUGGGUGACCAUCAUCAUGAUCAUGAGGAACGUCCUCAAGUGCCUGCUGUCGUGGCACGGCUGGAUGUACGCCCGCCACGGCUCCGUGUCCUGGUCCACCCGAUUGUGGAUGUUGCUGGUGAAGAUUUUCUCCGGCAGGAAACCCAUGCUUUACAGUUUCCAGAACUCCCUGCCGCGGCUGCCCGUCCCGCCCGUCAAGGACACCUGCAGAAGGUACCUGGAGUCGGUGCGGCCGCUCAUGGACGACGAGAAGUUCGAACGCAUGAGGGGACUGGCCAAGGACUUUGAGAGCAAUCUGGGUCCCAGACUACAGUGGUACCUCAAACUCAAGUCGUGGUGGGCCUCCAACUAUGUCAGCGACUGGUGGGAAGAGUACAUUUACCUUCGAGGUCGAGGGCCCAUCAUGGUCAACAGCAACUAUUACGCCAUGGACUUCCUUUACGUCUUCCCCACCUCCAUUCAGGCCGCCAGAGCAGGUAAUGCCAUUCACGCCAUCAUGCUCUACAGGAGGAAGUUGGACCGAGCUCAGAUCAAACCAAUUUACUUGCUGGCAAACAAGGUUCCCCUGUGUUCGGCGCAGUGGGAGCGGAUGUUUAACACUACCCGCGUCCCCGGUUUGGAGACAGAUGUCCUUCAACACAGCAACGAGAGCAAGCACAUCGCCGUGUACCACAAGGGCCGCUUCUUCAAGGUUUGGAUGUUCUACGACGGGCGACUCCUGCGGCCGCGGGAGAUCCAGCAGCAGAUGGAGAGGAUCCUGGCCGACGGCUCGGAGGCGGCGCCGGGCGAGGAGAGGCUGGCGGCGCUCACCGCCGGCGACCGCGGCCCCUGGGCCCGCUGCCGCCGCGACCGCUUCGCCCGCGGCAAGAACAAGCAGUCCCUGGACGCCGUGGAGAAGGCCGCCUUCUUCGUCACCCUGGACGAGACGGAGCAGCGCUUCCGGGAGAGCGACCCCGUCGGCUCGCUGGACAGUUACGCCAAGUCGCUGCUCCACGGGAAGUGCUACGACAGGUGGUUCGAUAAAAGCUUCAACCUGAUCGUUUUCAAAAACGGCACCAUGGGGCUCAACGCCGAACACUCCUGGGCCGACGCGCCCAUUGUCGGUCAUCUCUGGGAGCACGUGCUUUCCAUGGACCCGUUCAAGCUGGGCUACACGGAAGAAGGCAACUGCUGCGGGGAGCCCCAUCCCAACCUGCCCGCUCCCCUCAGACUACAGUGGGACAUUGACCUGGAGUGCCAAGAGGAGAUCGAGCGCUCGCUGACGGCGGCCAGGACGUUGGCCGACGACGUGGACAGCCACAUUUUCCCCUUCGGCGACUUCGGCAAGGGUCUCAUCAAGAAGUGCCGCACCAGUCCGGACGCCUUCAUCCAGAUCGCCUUGCAGUUGGCUCAUUACAGGGACAAAGGCAAGUUCUGCCUGACUUACGAAGCCUCCAUGACCCGUCUGUUCCGCGAGGGCCGAACGGAGACGGUUCGCUCCUGCACGGCCGAGACCUGCGCCUUUGUCCGUUCCCUGAUUUCAGUCUCCUUCCAGAGAGAAGAACGUCUGGCGUUGCUGAAGGUGGCGGCGGAGAAACACCAAAACAUGUACCGCCUGGCCAUGACGGGCAUGGGCAUCGAUCGCCACCUCUUCUGUCUUUACGUGGUUUCCAAAUACUUGGGCGAAGACUCGCCCUUCCUCAAGGAGGUGCUGUCGGAGCCGUGGAGACUGUCCACCAGUCAGACGCCGCUGCAGCAGGUGGAGCUCUUCGACCUGGUCAGACACCCCGAAUACGUCUCGUCCGGCGGCGGUUUUGGACCUGUGGCUGACGACGGUUACGGUGUGUCCUACAUUAUCGUGGGAGAAAACCUGAUCAACUUCCACAUCUCCAGCAAACACUCCAGCCCGGAAACCGACUCGCACCGCUUCGGAGGCAACAUCCGACGGGCCAUGUUGGACAUGCUGGACCUCUUCCAGCUUGAGACGAAAGCUUCCCAGUGA